CUUACUAUGUGCCAGAGCUGGACAUCACAGGAGAUGAUGGGGAUGAUCAAGACAAGACCUAUGAGCCUGAAUCGUCAGAAAGUGACAGCAGUGACGAAGAGCAAUUAGCUAACGUUGAACCAGCUGAAAUCGAGCGCCCAAGGAAAAGGAAAUGUAAAGAAGGGAUGUGGAAAAGGAAUCUGGAGUAUAAGGAUCGGAAAGGUUGUUUGAUGCAGACGACACGGAUAAAACUUCCAGUGAAGCCCAAACGAACAAUACCGAUCCCAGCUCUGGAAAAUGAAGGAAGCUAUAGUUCUGUUUGUGAUGUUAGCCCAACAGUGAACCAAAGUGGAAAAAUAAAUCGAUCUCUAGUUCCUUACAGUGAAACAGAAUCAGAAAAAGACUCCACUUCUGAUGAACUAACGCCGAUGAAGGAAAAGAAAAAAACUAGAAAAAAGACAGCGGAAUCCGAAGAAUUGGAAGAAAAUGUUAGGAAGGAGAGGCGACAAACGGGUAGAUCAUACACCAGCUCAUGUG